CCCAUGUGACCUCUGCUUCCUUGCCCUUGCCGCUGUGUCGGGAAGAUGCUGUCAGGCAUGGCGCUGUGCAGGACAAGAAAUUGCCGGUUUAUGAUGGGCGAGGAUGGCAGGCGUAUGAGGAAGUGUGUCCUCCUGUUGUACCAGCCAUGCCAUUUAUCGACAAACUCCAAGCCGAAGAGCAUGCUCUCCUUAAUAGCUUCCAAGGCCAAAUAUGCCAAUGAAAAAUACGAGCAUUUCUUGGAAAGAAAGUUCCCAAAUUUUUAUCUUUUGUAUUCCACCUUCAUGAAGGGCUUUAGGAUGCUUAUGACAGAAGCAAAAGAAGUAGGCCGCAUUAAGCAAAGAAUGAACCACCAAGGAAUACCGUUCCACCAGCUGCCUUAUCGGGAAAUGGAGAAAUUAAGGCAGUUCCGGAGAGAUAUUAUAAAAGCUGCCCCAGUUGUUAUCAUUUCCAUUCCACCUUUUGCCAACUACCUUGUCUUUGUCCUGAUGUAUUUCUUUCCUCGGCAGCUGUUAAUUCGGCACUUUUGGACCCCAAAGCAGCGAGAAGAGUUUUUAGAUAUUUAUCACAGAAUGAGAGUUGAGGCAUACCCUGAAAUCUUGGAUGGCUUAUUAAAUGCAGUUCCUAAAUUAUCUGAAAGGAAUCUCCGCAAUCAGAUGUUCCAGCUGUGCACACAGGUGCAGCACGGCACCCAUCCACAGGUGGAAAAUCUCCAUGCUGUUUGUACUGCAUUCUCAGGUCCGCCUUUGGGUAUGAAGAGACUUGAUGUUCAGCAAAUGAAAGCACUUAGCCGCGUCAUGUUCCUGACACCCCACCUACCAGCUUUCCUCCUACAGCAUCGCCUUGGGAGCCAUAUUUGUGAGAUACAAAAUCUUGACUGUGCCCUGCUCAAGCUUGGUGUGAAUGAGCUCUCGGAGGAAGAACUAAAACGGGCUUGUUAUAUCAGAGGGUUAAAUUCUACUCAUCUUAGUAGGGAAGACUGUGAGACAUGGUUACAUUGCUGGCUGCAGCUAUCUAGCAUGUUAAAAGUCUCCGAGGCAUCGUUGUUGCUGCAUUGUAUGGUCUUAUUAUCUGCCAACUACCUCCAGUCCAUAAAACAAUGAUGGCAAACUAGAAGGGGUCUGUAUUUAUCAUGCACAGUUGCGACCUUCAGGUAUCCCAACUCACAGCGAGUCCUUUAUGAUGCUGGGAACAUUCAGUUUGCAGUAUUUUGUUUCUCAUUUUGUUUUAUGGUUGCUUAAAGCCAACCCUGCCGAGAAGACCUGACCCAAAUGUUCCUACUCACUGAAGCAGCGAGGAAUGUGUCCUAGAAGCAAAAGAAGAGGGGACCAAACUAUGACUGACCAUAUUAAAAUUCCACCAGAUAUAACUUACACAUCUUCAAUGGUAGAACUUGUUAUGAACGUGGCAGCAGCAGCAGUGCCCAGUAAUGUUUACCCAGUGAAAUGGCUCAGGGAUGUGUAUAUAGAAGGAGGCAAAGCAGUAAGUUUUCAUGGGAAUAUUUUAGCCUUCAGCCUUAGCAGUGCACGUGAGUCUGCCAUAUACACUGAGCUCUGUAAUGAGGCCAUUUGCUCGCCAGAGCUUUUCAAAAAGGGCCCUUAAAAUAUUCCCACUUUUAUUUUAAAUAGUGAAGUAGCCAAAUGGCUACUGUGUUACUGAAGGCAGUGGGUCAAGUGACUAUUGAGUGUGCUUUGGGGUACGCAUGAACGUUUUUUUUUUUUGUUUGUUUUGUUUCCUAUUUUAUGUUUUUUAUAUGAAAUGUUUUUUUGGCAAUGCAUGGUUCUAUAUGUUUUAUUGGUGCAACUUAAAGUUGUUUUUGUUUUGUAAA